AUGGCCGACGACGAGCAGGCAUUGCGCGACUGGGUGUCGGCCUACGCAGCGUCCGAGAGCCAAACAGCGGUCAUUGAUCUUGGACAGGUGUCACUGGACCUGGGAAGCCUCCAGAUUGUCGACCCAUCGACCAGGGAGGACAGCGUUAUUCUAGCUUUACCCAUACUGCGCGACUCCUUCGACCCGGACGACUACGACUUGUCUCCGAGGGCGGGACGAUUUCGCAACGCUCUCUACGCCUUCGAAGCUCUAGCGCGUGACGAGCGCGCUCGCAUCACUUCACAGCUGUCCCUGGUCCUGUCUCAAGAACACGAGCCAGACGAGAUGCCGUUCUUCAUGCGCCUGCAAAUCGAUUGCUCGUUCGUGUGUCCGAAGAUAUUCGAACCCGUCCAGCCUGCGAGCAAGCAAUCGUGGUCAGAGGCCCGCGCUCUCGAGACCCAAGAAGCCCAGCGUCGGCUCAUCCUCCAACUCUUCCCUCCUCAGACACCCGUGCCAAAGUCCUACCACGGCCACACGGACAUCCCCUUCCUGUUCUCAAUCCUCCAGCCUGCGCCGGCCCUUUCUCCAGAAGCGCUCGAUGUGCUGCAGCCCGAGGCUCUUCUCCCCACUCUCCUCCCCUUCCAGCGCCGGACGGUAGGGUGGAUGAUUGACAGAGAGGGUAAGACCAUCACAUCGUCAGGAGAGAUCGUCCCUACGACCCAGAUUGACGUCGACGAACGUCCGCUCCCUCUCUUCUGGCAUCGCUACCCAAUCUCUCCUGACGAAACAUGGUACAUACACCGUCUUCGCGGCAUCAUAUCUCCCACUCGCCCGACGGUUGGGGAAGACGAGGACGAGGACGAGGCGCUAGAGGCGCUAGGGGGCAUCGUGGCUGAGGAGCCUGGGCUGGGCAAGACGCUCGAGUGCAUAUCCACGAUCAUGAUGAACCCGGCGGAAGGUCGCUCUCCGGUCAACAAGCGGUGGGACCCCGAGGCGAAGAUCGAGGUCAAAGAGAUCAAGACGACGCUCAUUGUGACGCCUCCGCAGCUUGCGCCGCAAUGGGCAGACGAGCUUGCACAACACGCGCCUAGCCUCAAGGUGCUCAUCUACGAAGGCUGGCAGAAGGUUACCGUGCCGAUCUCAGACCGCGACAUCGCGCUGGAGAGGGAGAAACGCAAGGCCGCAAAGGCCAAGGCCAGGGCGGCUGCCGCAGCCAGGGCGAACGGCAAAGGCAAGAAGAAGACAGUCGCCUCGCGCGCACCCAAAGCUAGAGGCAGCAGCAAAGGUAAGGGCAAGGCCUGCGCGAAGGACUCAGACGAGGAGGACGGCAUGGACGUCGACAGUGAGCAUGAGCAUGAAGCCAAGGACGAGAACGAGGAAGAGAUCCUCGACUGGUGCGCAUACGUGAACACGUUCGACGUGUGCAUCACGACGUACAACGUCCUGCAGCACGACUUGGGCGUUGCGCGCCCGCCGCCCUCGCGGCCACGCCGCGCGUUCGUGCAGUACAGCACGGCGGCGCGGUCGCGGAGUCCGUUGGUGAUGUGCGAGUGGUAUCGGGUGAUCAUGGACGAGGUGCAAAUGGUUGGAGGGGGCAAGACGGAGGAGAUGGUCUCGCUCAUACCGAGGUUGUCGUCCUUUGCGGUAUCGGGUACCCCGGCGCGGUCGCAGGUUGCUGAUCUGAUCCACGUCCUCAAGUUCCUUCGCAUCGGCGCUGUUACGGACGUGCCCCGUACUUGGACUCGAUUGCAGCUUCCAGGCUACGUCCACGAGUUCACAGAGCUCUUCCGCCGGUACACCGUCAGGACCAUGAAGGAGGCAGUAAAAGAAGAGCUGACCAUUCCUCCUCAGACGCGCUACCUCGUUCCCAUCGAGCUCGGCCGCGUCGAGCGUCACUUUUACGACCAGACGCUCGAUGCGGCACUCCUCGACCUCGGCUUGGACGCGCGCGGCGUCGCGGCGACGGAGAACUGGGAGGUCGACGUCGCUAAGCUGCGCCACUGGCUCCGCCGACUGCGCGGUCUCUGUACCCACCCGCAGGUCGGGCAGCUCGCAGUCAACGCGGUCGACAAGCUGCACAAGCCUGGGGUGCUGAAGAGCAUGGCGGAGGUGCUCGAGACGAUGCGUGAGCAGAAUUGGCGGAAUUAUAUGGAGGAUCGAACGGAGAAGAUCUCCACUAUGACGACCCUGGCCCAGUUGCUCCAGCAGGACGACGGGAACCGGAAUCGCUACCGCCAAGCGCUAGACAUGCUCCUUGAGGCUGAGCAAGAAGCGGACAAGCUCAUUGCCGACCUCAAGGAGGCGCAGGCCGAGUAUGCGAAGGAGCGCGAAAAGCUCAAGUCGGAGAUGGCUCAGCUCCGAGCGUCGCGCCGCCAGGAUUCCUCCGAGGCUCAGACCGAGAAGAGUAAGGACAGCGAUUUUAGCAAGGGCAAGGGCAAAGCCAAGGACAACGGAAAGGAGCAAGAUAAGGAGGAGCGCACGGGGAGCGAAAGUCCAGAUUUCGACCUCGACGAGGAGGGCAUUCCGCGGAACCCCGCCGGAGAAGCGCACAGAGCGAAGGGCAUAUCCAUCCAUGGACGCAUGCGUAGCGUUCGGAUCGCGCUGCAUAGGGUCAAGUUUCUGCAGGGAGACGUCUAUCACGUCUUGGGCAAAUCUUAUGAGGCUGCGGAAAGCGAAGCGUAUGCGGCAGCGGAGGAGCUGAGGCGUACUCUUUUGAGAGGUACCGAAGAGGCUGCUGAGCGUGCGAUGACCUACCUCGACCAUGAUCCUGUAGUCAAGGCUCUGAAAGAGAAAGAUCUGUACGUCAAGACUCCCUAUCUUGGAAGGGGCGGUCUCAAGUCCUAUCACUUAAUGGAGGAGGGUAACGAGCUCAUCGAAGGGCUUUUGAACGAACAGUCCGCCCUCCUGUGGCAAUGGCGUCAGAAGCUUAUCGCACUUCUGACCCAGCCACUCGGUAACAAGGGAGAUGAUGAUGCCGACGGCCAGGAGUACUCGCGCAGUCUCGAAACUCAAGGCGAAGCAGAGGCGUACCUUCAGGCGUAUGCCGCGCUCCUGGCAGAUCGACGCGAGACGCUCACCGCCGAGCGAACCCUGCUUGCCGCACAUGACGUGCGCGAGGUCAAGGCGCGUAAGACGAAGGCUGCGCGGAAGGCGGAGGCGUCGGAGUACGUGGCUCUGAAUGACCCAGAGGUCAUUCAGCUUGACAGGCUCGACGACCAGGAGAUGCUACCUGAGCAUGAGGUCAUCGCGAAGACUCUGAAUGACGAACGGAAGGCGUUGUUAGAUGAGUUCGAUCCUGGGCGUGCGAUCAAGAGCGUUUUGGUCGACCUGAACCACAUUGUCGUGAACAGUCAGAAGAAAGACGACCCCGAGAGGAUUAUGGCGCAGGAGGGUGUUGCUAAACUAAGGUCUCUCAUUGCUGAGCAAGGAAAAUUGAUCGAUCGCCUCCAAAGCGAUUUGGCUCACCUCCGGAAAGCGUUCAACGAGCGUAUCGCCUAUUUCCGCCAGCUGCAGGAAAUCUCCGACACUGUGGCAGAGGCGACGUUUGAGACGACUCUUCAGGACAGCAUUAGGGACCUUCGUGAAAAGCAGGCUCAGCUGGACACGAAAAUCAAGGCCGCGCGCGCCCGCCAGCGCUACAUGGACAAUCUUAGCAAGUCGCACGAGGAAGGUACGAUGGACGAGGACGACAAGACCUGUAUCUUGUGCAAAUGCGAGUUCAUCCGAGGCUACAUCACGCAGUGCGCGCAUGUCUACUGCGAAGACUGCAUGAAAGCGUGGAUCACCCGCCCCGAAGGCAAGGCCUGCCCCGUCUGCCGCGUGCCUAUCAACACCGACCAGCUCCAGCGGUUCUCCAUCGACAAUCCGGACGAGCCGGCUGAGGCGCGGGGCCCCGCGAAACUGCUGAAGAGCAACGAGGCUCUGCCUCGGUCGCGACGACAGAUCCAGUACAACUUCAUCAGCGCGCAGACGUUGCAGGAUAUACAGUCGAUGGAUGUGUACGGGAGCUACGGGAGCAAAAUCGAGACGCUGGUUCAGCAUUUGCUGUAUCUGGAGGUGACGGACCCCGGAGCGAAGAGCAUCGUGUUCUCGGCGUGGGCGGAUUCGUUGCUUAUCAUCCAGCAUGCAUUGAGGGCGAACGGCAUCAAUUGCUUACGGGUCGACCAGAAUUCUGGACGACGUAACGCUGCGAAGAAGUUCCGCACUGAUCCUACUAUCAGCGUAUUGCUUCUCCAUGGGUCACGCGAGAACGCAGGGCUGAACGUGACCUGCGCCUCGAGAGUAUUCCUGGUGGAGAGCGUAGUACAUCAUGCAUUCGAAGUGCAAGCCAUUGCGCGUAUCGAUCGUAUGGGUCAGACGCGACCAACGGAAGUGUACUGCUACUACGCAGAGGACUCGGUGGAGCGCAAUAUUCUGGACCUCGCUGCUAAGCAAGGGCUGUCGUUGUACACCCGCGAUAACGCCGCGGGCACGCUCAAUGUUACCUCGUUCGCCGCGGACUCGGACAAGAAGCAGGUGGAUGCACCUUCGAAGAAGGUUCAAAAGGGGGAUUUCGUCUACAAGACAGAUGACAUGCUCGCCAUUCUCUUCCCACAUAUGUACGAGGACAUUGAAUAUUUGCUUCCCCCGGAAGAACUUGGCCAGCAGAACGAUGCGAGUAGUCGGUCUCAGGAUGACGCGGCACGACGGCCUGCUAGGAGGGCCGCACACGUGAACGCAGUCGCUGGACCAUCACGGGCACGAUGA